UUUCUGUCAGUCGUUCGCGUCGGUCGAUCGGUUGCUGCGCGAAGAAGAAGUAGGAGUAGAAGACGCAGACGCAAGCGCAUUUUAAACGAGGCAAAAUAUACGCAGACGCAUUCAGCAACAACAACAGCAACAACUUCGUGCAUCAAGUGCUGCGGCAGCAUUAAUUCAACAGUCAACGUUAUUAAGUUAACCGUCAAGACUGAGUUAAAGGCGCAGCCGCAGCCAAAUUGGGAGCUGAAUGAGGUUGCGCUGAGGGGCGUUGAGCCAUGCCCAUUUGCAAAAGUUCGCCGGCAACGGCAACGAGCAAGAAAACCGCAACGGACAUAUCCGCCGAUCAUGUGACGGAGGCAGCUCAAGUGAAGCGGACGCGGGAACAGGCCUACUUCAAUUCCUAUGACUUUGAUGCAAUCGAGGUGCUGCCCUACGACGAGGAUGACGAUGAGGCAGUGCCUCAGAGACGCUACUCGGAGGCCAACAACAACAACAACAGAGACAGCAAUGCGGCUGGCAUCACAAAGUUUGCCUACCUGCAACGAUUUGGUGCAUUCUUUGCUCAUAAAUCAGCGUCGGAUGGAGCAACUGCAUCUGUUGGCUCAGAGGCAGCUGCCCACGGACAUGAACAGGUCGGAGUUGCUGCUGCCGCAGCUGCUGCUGUUGUUGCUGUGGGGCAAAGUGGUGACAACUUUUUGCUGCCUCGCGCCAUGCUCAAAUAUCAAUAUCAGAGUGUUGGCGGCCAUGUGGCAACUUCAAUGCCAUUGACAGCGUGCAACUCGACUGGACUUGAGUGCAACAUGGGCACAUCUAUGGCCAGAGCGAAUGAAGUUGCAAGUGUCGUCGGUGCAACAACAGCAGCAACAGCAAUAGCAGCAACAACAACAGUGCGAAACAAGAAACGCUCGAUUGCAUCCAAUGCCAGUAGCACACAUACCACAGACUCUGGUCUGGGCAACACAAACACCACAGCAAUAGCAACAGCAAGACUAGCAACAUCUGCAGCAGCAGCAGCAACAUCAGCAACUCGUGCUGGCAGCGGCUCACAUUAUUCCACCGAUAAAAGCGGCUCAUCCGGUUAUUAUAGCUCUCAUGUCUGCUCCACAUACUCGCUGGACGAGCACAUCUACUGUGAACCGGUCAUAGAUAUCCUAGAAAAAGCCAGCGACAACAACAGCAACAACAAGACAUUGGCCAUACAUCGGCCACAAUUGCAGCUGCCAACGAAAGUGAUUGGCAAUGGAAAAUCUCAUGCGAUUAGUCAGCAUUUGGACAUGCCACAUGUGGCAACAGAUGUGGCUACAGCUGACAGCGACAAUGCAGCGACAACAACAACAGCACAGCAGAACAACAGCAACAGUGCGGAGCAGCAACAGCAGCAACAGUUGCCGCAUUACAGCGACAAGUUGCGCAUUCUGGAGACAAGCAUUGAGAAUUUGGAUCGUCAUUUAAAGACAUUUCCCUGUCUAUAUGCACAGCAGCACAUAGUGUCCUUUAUGCAGCAGGAUAACAGCAGCAAUCAGCAGCAGCAACAGCAACUGGAGCGAGCAGCAACACAUUUGGAUAUUGGUGAAAAACUGCGCGCUUACAAUCAGCUGCCCACUAUUAUUGAGGGCUAUGGAGCAGCAAAUGGAGCCGAGCAGAUUGAUGACUCCUUGCAGGACAUUGAUUUGGAUGCGUUUCUGCUGCAACCACAGCAGCAACAUCAACAACAUCAACAACAACGACAACAACGACCACAAUUGUUUGCUGGCAUUGAUAAUCCGAGUUUUCUGAGCGAUGAGCAGCUCGAGGAGAAUAAUUACAAGUGUGCCAAAUACAUAAACUCCUGCCCGGAGGAUGCCUAUCGUGUGGACAACGAGUCGGCGGCCAAUAACUCAGCCUAUGCCAAGCGCUAUGAGGAUCAGCUACAUUUCCAGAGCACACGCGAAUUGCUGGAGGAUGUGCGUGAUAAGAUACGCCUGCUGCAACCCACGCCCACCACGGAUAUACCCGAGGAGCUGGAGGGCAUGAUACAAACGCUAAAGGAUGAGCUCGAAUCCUAUUUGCAGCGCAUGAAUCAGCAUAGUGAACUGGAGCUGCGACAAUUGUGCAGCGGCUUGGGACGCCAGCAACAUGUGAUGCGACUGCAAAAUGCCUUGGAGCGACGACGCAGCUAUGCGGGAGAUGUCCAGCUAAAUGCCUAUGAGUCGGUGCGGGAUGGGGUGCUCAUCUCUGCCAAUGGCAGACCCUUGAGUGUGCGGGAACAGAUCAUGACCAUACGUUGUGCCAGCGAUCCCAAUUUUAAGAUGAAACGCAAAUCCAUCACGGAGGUAUUUCCCAGCGCCGAGUGUUACAUUGAGUCCGCCGGACAAUCGCCCACUUUAACACCGCUGACAACGCCCACGCCCAUGACCACGCCCACUGCAACACCUACGCCUACGCCACCACUGGAACUGAAGACCACUACGACAAUGGUAACCCAACUGCAGCGUAAUCUCAACUUUCACAGGCCCGUCUUGGGACCAGAGACCUCCGGAUCACGACUGGGCAAUGCUGCCGAUGGCACUGCCAAAAAGGUGGACAGCAUUGCCGAGUGGCAUCGCAAGAAGCCGAGCAUCUGGGAGAUGUACUAUGGCACCAAUCGACUGCAUCAAUCACUGCUGGGCAAACAGCGACAUGGCAGCGAGUUGGUCAUCAGCAGCGCCCAUCCGACUUUAUCAUAUCCAUCAUCUCGACCCGAAUCGGAUUUUACGCUCGACUUGCCGCGCGCCGAGCAGUUGCGCCUCAAAAUGGAAAAGGAGAAAAAGUUCCGCCAAAGAUGUCGCUUCAUCACCACAUUUCUAAGUCUGGUGUUCUUUCUGUUAACCGUAAUGGUUGUCAGUUUGGUUUUAACGCGCGGCAAACGCAUGUUUGGCAGCAUGAUUUAGCCAAUCAACUGAACACAGCUAAAUUUAACUAAUCUACAUUCAAACAAUAUAUAUAACUAAACUAACUAAUUAGCUAGCUGAUUAAAUAUUAAGUAAGAAAAGAUUGUAAACAAAAUUUAAGUGCCGUAGUAUUUCAUAGAUCAGCAACAAUAACAAAUCGAAAAGGCGUAUAGCGAAAAAAAAAAUACAAAUUUGUAGUCUUAGUCUUAGGCUUAAACCACAUUAAGUACUACUAACUAAUUGAGAAAGAACAAGAUGUUUGUUGUGUUGUGUUUGGUUUGGCAGCCGCAGUCGCAGUAUUGUUAAUAAAUUAUUUUUGUGAUCUUAGCUGUUAAGUUGUCAGUGCAUUUUUGUGUAAGUCGAAAAGAAGGAUUAAUCAUUUAUACCUCUAAGGCUUAUUGUAUUAAUUGUUAAGACAAUCCAUGUUGUAUGUAUAUGUAUCUGUGUGAGUCGAUAAAUAAAUCAAUAAUAAUAAAUAUAAAGUCCAAAAAUAAA